UAAAAUGAAAACCGAAGUUUUAUAAUUAAGUGUGUGCUUAUCAUUUCGAUUGAUCAAUAUAACGUUUAGGAAGUAAUACAUAAAAAAAUAUAGAAUUUUCUCGUUUUUUUCCUCGUAGGUCUGUAGUAAGUGUAUAAACAAAGAAAAAAUAAAAAAAUCUCUGUUUUGUCAAAUGAAAUAUCGCCGCCAUUAAAUUAAAUGUCAUUUUAAUUUCAUUUGGUUCAAACCAAAUGUCCGAAGUUCAUAAAUAUGGUUACUAAAAUGUUUGCAAAAUGGAGUGCAGCUUCAUUGGGGCGGAAAACUUCAGUGUUCUGGAAACGUUUAUUAAGGAGCCAAAAGCAUUGUUUUUUUGCACUCCUGGCCAUGUUUACGGUCACCAGCGUCGUUUAUUUGUUCACCGGUUACAGGGAGCCUCUGAAACCAUUUCCUUACAACGAUAAAACGAAUCAAAUACGUAUGAAUGAAGAGUUUUUGCAACGGGAUAAAGGCACGGGUUGCGAUAUGCCUCAAUUGGAUCCCUUCUCCGAUGUAGCCAUGAGAUACGUUAAGGAGACACCGAAGAUUGUCUGCGAUGGAUUAGACUGGGUCGAUUGUUAUCAUUCAAAAUGCUACGUUAUCAAGGAGAUUUUGAGCAAAAUGAAAGAUGUGGUGUGUAAUUACAAGGACAUCGUCCAUGUGAACGAUCAGCAUUAUUAUAUCGGCGAUCCGGUUAAGGUUUACGGCAAUGCAUCGUAUCGUUUGAACAGUAGCGACCAUGUGAAGGUUUCGUGUAAGGGCGUCGAUAAGAAUGGAUUAGGUAUAAUAUCGCAAAGAUGGUUCGGCUAUAAGUCCGGUCUGCGUCCAGUACCUAAGCCCCUCGUGAGUCGAACUGGUCGCGAAAACACCUCUGAUAUACUAAUACUGGGCUUCGAUUCGACAUCUCGCAACGGUUUCAUCAGAAAGAUGCCCAAAUCAUACAAAUUCCUUAAGGACGUACUUAAUGCUACUAUUAUGAAAAGUUAUAACAUAGUGGGCGAAGGAACUUCGAAUGCUCUGUAUCCGAUACUGACCGGCCUAGAGCUACCUGACUGGGAGAGUUUUCCCAAAGACAAAACCAUGGACCAUAAGACGUUCUUGUUCCACCACUUGAAGAACGACGGCUAUAGAACAGCAUACUUCGAAGACAUGCCCUGGAUAGGUACCUUCCAGAGGUUUUACCACGGUUUCGACAGCUGCCCCGCGGAUCACUACCUCAGGUCGUUCCUGAUGGAAGAGAGCUCUAAGGGCAGGAAGUGGUGGCGCGGCGUCAAGGGCCGAUAUUGCAUAGGCAACGUGCCCCAAUACGGACUCUUGAUGAACUUGACCAAACAGUUUCUAGAUUUAGACGGAAAACAUUUCUGCCUUACCUUCAUAGCUGAUAUAAGCCAUGAUGAUUUCAAUGUAAUAUCGACGUCCGAUGAUGAUAUGGUGGCAUUCCUCCAAGACUUUUUGGAUAAGGGGAGACAGAAGAAUACCCUUUUGAUAGUCAUGGGGGACCACGGUGCCAAAUACGAAUCGAUACGUAGGACCUAUCAAGGCAGACUAGAAGAACGCCUGCCCUUGAUGACAAUAAAACUGCCCGAGACCUUAUUAAAAUCCAGGCCAAAUGUACAGCGUGUUUUGGAAGCUAACGCGGAAGUGCUCACAACGCCCUACGACUUGCACACGACACUGCUAGAUGUGGUCGGUCUGAGGGAACUGGCCAACUCCUAUAAAGUUGAAGGAUCGAAAUUGGAGAGAGGACUCAGCAUGCUGGAGCCUAUACCAAAGUCUCGUUCUUGCGGAGACGCCGGCAUCUUGCCGCACUGGUGCGCGUGUACCAAGUGGAGGAACGUGUCCCGAAGCGACCCGGUCCAUCAGCAAGCAGCCACAGUACUGGCCGAGUAUAUAGAUAACAUCACCAACGGACGAAGAUCGUUGUGUGCAAAGCGAAAGUUGACUUCUAUCGAUUGGGUAAUGAAGCUCAUCCCGAGCAGUGAGAUGAGUUUGAGAGACGGAAACAAUCGUAAGAGAGAUAACGUAUUAAGAGGAGAUCAAGAAGAGUAUCAAGUUAAGAUCGAAAUGAAGUUGUUCUUGUUAAUGACAAGCGUAAUCGUGACUCAAGCGGGAACCCUCAGAGGGGAGUGCAAAGGCGUCGAAAUCAACGGGGCGACGUACGAAGAGGAGAUGCUCUACGAAAAUCUGGACCGCCCUUACCUUCUGACCGUGGACUACAGCACCAACGACCUGUACUUCAGCUAUAGCAUAGACAACGACGAGGACAGCUCCGCAACGGCAAGAUAUAAUUUGGACACGAAGAAGUUUACCACCAUCGAGGGCGUGAAUAAUGGCUUCGCGCAGACUGUGGACCAAACCACGCAGACCGUGUACAUAGGCGGAAGCGACGGUCUAUAUCGAUACGACAAGGAUACCAAAAGAGCGGUAUUAAUAGGAGCACCUAGUAUUAACAUAUGGACCAUAUUCUACAAAGACGUGUUGUAUUUCUCAACGUACCCCUCACACAUUCUCUACACGUUUUCAAACGGUCAGAUCACCAGGUUCCCAGAUCUAGAAGACACUAGAGUAGACAACUUUAUUAUAGACAAUGAUGAUUACAUUUUCUUCACGAAUACCUCUGGUCUUUACAGACAGAAAAAGGGUACUAAAGACGCGGUUUUGUACGAGGUGUUUGAAGAUUUCGGUGUGAGAGGAUUUGCCUUAGAUGCACAGGGCGUGGUGCACGCUUGCUUCCAAAACGGCGUAUACUCUCUGAAUAACACCGAGGUCGGCCUAAAGAAGAUUGUAAGCGUGGAUGAUGCGUUCGGCGUCGCUUUUGAUAAAGACAAUAAUCUUAUUUAUUCUGAUGCUAGAAGAGUCAUUCGACUGAAACCUACAAAGGAUUGUUAAUUAAAACUCGUCAUUUACUAA